AUGUGUCAUGUAAUCAAUUUCUUUUUUAAUUUAUUUUCCUCUCACUUUACCGAUCUUCUACCUGCUUCCAUUAUUCCUUUUUUCCCCAAAACCUUCCAUCUUCAUCACUUAUUCACUCUAUACAUACAGUACAGGAAGAAGAAAAUGAGAUAAUCAUUGGGUUUCCUAAUCGAAUUCAUCAUCUAUUUGUUUAUUAUCUGUCACCAAUGAAUUUCAUCCUUGAUUGAUUCAAAGGAAUUUUUUUAGAUGAUUCAAUGAAAAUUUCAAACACAAGAAAGCGGUGAACUACUGAUUAUCCGCCAUUGUUGACGUCUCCGAGAAAAAAGCGUUGACGUGAUGAUGAUGGAUGAUGCUGUCAUACCCAUGGAUUCUUGUUUAAAACAUCCAAUGAUGUAUUGAUGAAUGAGUUCUAUUAUUUGGUAUCCAUUAAAGGCGGGGAAAUUCCAGAGGAAGGGAGAUAGAGUGUGUUCCCAUGUUUCCUCUGUACAGAACACAAAAGGGUGAAGAUGGAAGGUUUUGGGAGGAAGAAGAUCGGUAAGGAGAGAGACAAAUAAAUAAAAAAUAAAUGAAUCAAUUUACACAUGGCAGCAUUGGAUAAUUAAUUUGAAGUGGAAGGUUAAGCUACCAAAAAUAUUAAAAUAAUAAUGUAACUACACGUGUAUGUACCUAAAUUUAAGUACUAAGAUAAUCAUUCUUAAUGUAGACAAAACGACAGAGAGGUAAAAAUAGGUUUCCAGCAGCAUGUUGGGCAUAAUUCCGUCGCCUCCAACCCUACCAAACCACCUAUAAUCAGUAUCCCACCCUGCCGAGACCCUAAACCAAAGAAGUUUGCAGCCAUUAUAUCGAUGGAAGAAGAAGAACAUCCUCGUAACAGUGCCAUCGAAGAUGACCUUGAGAGUUUAGAGGAAACAGGAGAAACCGACAAUGGCAUUCUGAAUGGAGAAACGACUGGGAUGGAAGAUGUGAUUUUAGAUCCUCCUAAAAUCGGCCAGAUAUUUAAUGACUUCGAAGAAGCUUACAACUUCUACAAUGAUUAUGCAAGGGCUUGGGGAUUCUCUGUUAGGUGCUCAAAGAAAGUUCGGAACAACAAGGUAGAGGUUACUACUGGAGCUUUCGUUUGUUCUUGUGAGGGACAUAGAGCCCCCAACAAAGGGGAGAAAAAGAGAGACUCCCCCAUGGAGACCAGAUUUGGUUGUAAAGCAAAAUGGAUAGUGGAUAUAUUUAAAGAAGAUCACAAUCAUAUGCCAAUUAAUCGGCAGUGUACUCAUCACCUGAGAUCACAACGAGGGUUAACAGAGGCUGACAAGGCAGACUUUAGAUUUAAGAAGAAUGCAGGUAUGAAACCUUCUCAAAUCAUAAAGCUUGCUGUGCAUAAUGCUGGAGGACAUGACAAAGUUGGGUACACAGUAAAAGAUGGGAUGAAUUUCAGCACUCGAGAUCGCAAUGAAAGGCUAUGUCCUAGUGAUGCGGCAGCCGCACUGGCCUAUCUAGAAUCGAAGAAAAGUACGGACACGCACUUCAUCCUCUGGUACACUACUGACGAGGAAAAUAGGCUCCACAAUUUAUUCUGGGCAGACAGUAUGAGCAUAGCUGACCUCUCGUGCUUUGGAGAGUUGCUCGCAUUUGACACGACAUACAAAAAAAAUAUUUACAAUAUGCCUCUUGUUAUUUUCACAGGUAUCAACCAUCAUUUCACGAGUUGCUUAUUUGGGAGUGCACUGUUAGCUAAUGAGACUGAAGGGAGCUACAAGUGGGCUUUGGAGAUAUUGAAGGAAAUGUUGGGUGGAAAGGACUUGCAUACAGUUGUAACAGAUGGGGAUAAAGCAAUGAGGAAUGCCAUUGAUACUGUGUUUCCAUAUGCAACACACCGGCUUUGUGCGUGGCAUCUUUCAAAGAAUAUCAAGGGCAAGGUGAAGAAUAGCCCAGACUUCGAACCCCAAUGGAGCACAUUUGUAAUUGCUGAUUAUGAGCAAGAAGAAUUUGAAGAGAAAUGGAAGGAAUUAGUGGGAAAAUGUGGUCUACAGAAAAACCAAUGGGUGACUAAAAAUUUAUUUGGGAGACGCGGAGAAUGGGCGGACACAUACUUACGCUCCCACUACUUUGCCGGGCUGACAACCACAUCAAGAAAUGAAGGUAUAAAUUCAUUUGUUGGAAGAUAUUUGGAGGAGAGACACUGUUUGCUUGACUUUUUCAUUCAGUAUGAUCGUUGGUGUAGGGAUUUGAGGGAAACAGAGAUCAAAUUAGAUUUUAAAUCUAAUUAUGGUUUAACCCCGCUAAAGAGCACCAUGCUUAGACCCCUUGAAGAAAGUGCAGUUAAGUUGUUCUCGAAAGCUGCAUUUCUUAAAUUCAGAAGUGAACUAGAGCAGGUUAUUGGGUGCAUAAAGAACACUCAAUCUGAGGAUGGAAACAUACACACCUACAGUUUAAGUAUGUUCAACAAACAGAAGGUUGUGGAGGUAAAAUACAACCUUGAAACAAAGGAUAUGGAGUGCAGUUGUAAAAAAUUUAACAGUGUUGGAAUUCCCUGCACUCAUAUGCUCUGUGUGUUGAAAGAAGAACGGGUGAAAAGUCUUCCUGAGAAACUGGUACUUAAACGUUGCUCAAAGAACCCAAAGCCAAUAGACAGUAUGCCACCGCCACCUAAGUUGGGGGAUGAUCAUUCUUUCAACACCAGAUAUGGGUCACUCCAGUUCUUGGCUACACAUAUUUUCCUAUUGGGGGCAGAGACUCCUCUAUCUUUCCAGGUUGCUCGAGGGGGGUUGACAGCAGUGAGGGACAAGUUGGAAAUGAUGAGAACAACUCCGGCUGAAAGGGAAUCGAUGGUAAUACCUAAGGAGUUCGAAAGAGCCCUCAACCCCAAAAAAGUGAUGUUCAAGGGAUUUAGAAAAGGAAAGGCAAAAAAACAACAGAAGAAAAAGAAGAUGAAGUGUGGGAGAUGCGGUAGAAGGGACGGUCAUUAUAUUAAGACUUGUCCUGAACCCGAAGGCUACGUGUCGCCAGCUACAGAAUCUUCGUCUGAUGAAGAGGAUGACGACGAUGAUAUGGAUUUUGCGGACAGUGAUGGAGGUGAUGAUGGAGAUGAUGACGAUGACCAAAGUGGUCGGCCCCAAAAGGUAAUUGGUAAAACAUAUUUGAGUUCUUAUCAGAAUUAAUAGUUCUUAAAAACUAAGUGUUUUUAUCAUGGUUAUAUCAUAAGCAACGAACUAGCAACCACGAUGCUGAUGUAGAGCCUACGGAAAACAUACCGAAGCUACAUAAGGUUAUACAACACUUGCUUUCUAAAUUUUCUUCUAUUUGGUAGAAGUAGCUAUCAACUUAAGAGUUUAAUUUCUACUCUUGUAACAGACUGGGCCACGUACUAGGAGUAGUACUAUGACACAUCAGCAGCAAGGGAAAUCCAAUAAGCAUACAGAACCUAGUGUGGAGCCUUCUACUCAAUGUUAUGAACGCCAAUCUGAGAGGACCCAACAGGUUUUUUAGUGAAAAUAAUCUAAUGCAUCCUAA